AUGGAUCCUCAGAGCGCCUCCUUCACCCCUCGAGACGAUAUCUGGCGCAUGCAGAACGAUAUGAUUCGCGUUCAACAAAAUCAAGUAGACCUCUCUGAACGUCUAUCGCGUGUUGAACGACGACAAGACGAAGAUGCUAGAGUCAAGUCGGUUUGGGGGACUUCUUCGCCAUUUCCUUCUGUCCUAAGCGGUACCCCUCAGCAGGGCCCGUUGCACCAUCCUCCUCCAGAGGCGUUCUCCAAUUUCGACGACGAUCGGAGCAACAUUAUUGGAAGCCUUCAACUUGACGCUGAUGACGAGCCGCGACGCAUGGGCGCAUCGUCUCGCGCAGCCAGUGUUCGGUUCGAUGAGACUGCCAACCAGGGCCACUGGGCACAUGCCUCGAGGUCUUCCCUAGAGUUGAUACCCCGUACAGGCAGUGGUAUGGGUGGUCAUCCUAUGACUGAGAGGAGCUACUCGCACAAGUCUGAUGGUCGACAAAGCUCUACUGGUCACUCGGUUUACUCCGCAACCUCUGGGCGUGCAAACAGCCUUGGCCUGGACACUGGAUAUGGUCUUGGUAACUCUGGCAUCUCGCCGUUGGACCCUCCUGGACUUGCGCCAGGGCUAUUUGUUCUCGGAACUGUGCCCGCAAUCAUUCGCUGCUGGCUCGAUACGAACUUUAAACACGAUACUCUCCUCUACGCUGCCGUGUGUAGCGGUUCAUACACCUCGUCACUGGACAGGCGUUUGAUCAACCGUCUGGGAUUCGGCGAGCGGAUAACCGAACACGAGGACGGAACACGAAAGAUUAAACUCGUCGUCUACCUGCCCGAAGCUGUCCCGUCCACAGCAUCAUCUCGGUCAAGUAGCCCUGUACCUCAAGUCCCAUCUCUGAAUGUCACUUUCACUGUUUUUGAAGGUCACGAAAAGGGUGAUGGAAAGCCCAUCCAAAUCUUCUUCGGGAGUGACAUGCUCCGUUACCACAAUGCCGACCUUCUUCUCUCCUCAAACAGGCUCACGCUGUUUGACGAUGAGGGCAGCAAAUUACAGAUUCCCUUGGUACGGCCAGAGGACGAGCGCACUUUCAAGUCACUCUUUGUGUCUAGUGCGACGCCCGACUACCCCAAGCAUGCUAAGGAAGUAGAAGAAGUCAUGGUCUCUACUCAAAUGGAGCCUCCGGCGCUUCUUGAACACCAAGCUUCCAUAAACAAUCAGCACGCCGCUCCAGCGCCUGCAAGAUCAAACGGUGCUGCUAGUAUCGUGGAUUCAGAUGAUGGUGCCUCUACUGGGCGCAGAAGCCUUGACCAACGACCCUUGAUCGGAAUCGUGACCGCACGGACCGAAUCCAAGGAAAGCGAUGACUUCAACUCAGCAGCCGGUAGUGCUCUCCGCUCCAGUACCUCGCCAGCAAUCUGGAGCAACUGGAGACGCGACAGUGAGAAGACCAACUCAAUGGACUGGGCCAACGCGAGCAAGAGUGCGGCCUCCACCUAUCAACGGAAGGAUACCGGUAUUAAGGUGCUGAAACCGAUAAAGCCUGGAGCUCGUACUGCCUCAUCUAGCAACAUCCACUCUCCAUCUCCAGUCACGGGGCAGUCUCGCUUCUUUGACGAGGGGCGUCGGAGGACGAGCACCACGUCCGGCAGCGAUGUUCAUGAUCCACAGCUGAAGAGAUCAGUAUCGGGUGAAAAGGCGCCGUCAGUGUCGAAGGAUAACCAGCCCGCCCUCUCAAAGCCGCGAUCGGCGAACCCUGUGGGUGGUGCAUCGGCUUUUGCGUGGCUCAACAGGCUGAGUCCGUCCACGGCAUGUAACCAGCUGCGCUUUUUCACGACCACAUCAACCUCAGGUACAACUUCACUGCCGGCUCCCCUAUGCGCUACGCCUUCCACACGCCCUCUCGCACCCAGCCAUUCGCUUGCUGUCCCGGCGUCACGCGUUCCCUUUCAUUGCACCGUUCUGCCGCCCUCGGAGCUUCAUAAGCUCCCAGGCUGGCUGCCUCUCUUCACGACGGCUUCCAUAAAGGCACCGGCCAAGAAGCGCAAGAUAGCACCCACCGGACCCCCCGACACCGAGCCGCGUAUCGACCACAAUCUGCCUACCUCACUGAAUGACGUUCCAGGGCUGACCUCGCCACGAUCGUCCCCGCACCCUUCCUCCGCUGCCUUACGGACUUCAGCCUCCCCUCCGCGGUACAUACCACCACACCUGCACGAGGAAGUCCUCGAAGCAUCACAAGACGCUGGAAACCAGCCUCGAGACACCACAGCCACCGGUGCUAGCUCCCCGAGUGACGCUUACUCUCGCAUGACGUUGGAAGGUGGUGAUUCUAGCUCGAACAUGACCCAGGGCCGGCGGGACUCUACUGCAUCUACUCUUUCGCGGAGCACCGAACCCUCCUCCCAGCCAUCUAUUCGACUCCCGCCGCGCUCAUCUUCGCCAGCAAAGAGACCGGCAUCUGACAUGGAGGACGGUGGGAAGGAAGCCAUGGACAUUGACACGCUCACGACCACCGGAUAUGGUGACCAAGGGGCCGUGCAACACAGCCCUCGUGCCGCAAAACCUCCCCCAGUGCCAGCCAGAUCGAACCUUGGUGACCAGAAGAACACGCGGGCGGCCUCUGUCGAAAUGACUGAUGACACUCUCAAUGGUGUAAGCGCCGCGAGCUCGGACACGGCUUCAGUUUCCAACCAUGAAUCAACUGCGACAAGCACUUUGCCCGCUCCACCGAGCAUAGAUGACCAGGUCGCAAAAGUGUAUGAACUUGUUCAGCAACCACUCGUAGAAGGCCAGGAAGGUUACAUAGUUUCCAGUAAAUGGCUUGAACGCGUGAUGGCGCGGGCGGCAGACGCUACGCCUGGCCAAUUCGACAAGUCUGCCACAGAAGGGGAAAUUGGGCCAGUCGAUAACUCGGCACUCGUUGAUGAAAGUUAUUUUGAGGAUGAGCUUACUGAUGAGCGUGGCGAACCGUUUGUGCGCCUGAAACUCGGAGUGGACAUGGCCAAGGACUUCGAAGUCGUCCCCUCCAAGGCCUGGGACUUGAUUGUGUCCUGGUACACAAUCAAGGACGGCACGCCGACGAUUCGAAGAUAUGCACACAAUACAGCGCCACCGGAGGCGCUGGAGAACUUGCAAUACGAGCUCAACCCCCCUAUCUUCACUAUCCGCAAACUCCGGAAAGAGUGCUCGACCCAAAAGCCUCAAGAGGCCCCAGUCAUAAGCCCAAGGAUUGUUGCAAGUCGUAGCGAAUCCUAUCAAGGCUUCCUUCGUAGUGCCAAGUCAAAAGCCAGCAUAGACAUGAACACCAAAGUGCGAGUCUGGCGAUUACUAGCACCAGCACAGCAAGUCGCUCCAGCAGAGCCUCGGUCAACUCCUUCCGGAAUCCUGACACCUGAGUCUUCCAGGAAUGGGUCGCCAAAUCCUAAUCCAACACGCAUUCCACUGUUAGUGGAUUUCGCGGAAUUUGAAGCCUAUGACGAUGCGCAAUGCGAGAAGAUAUCGGGGAAUGACGAGACCGCCAAUAAAAAUUACAACGGUCACCUCAAUUUACAGACUAUUGGUCUUGCCGAGGAUCAGGUCCUCAUCUUAGAGGAGCAGAUUGGAGGUCCUGCUGGUGGAGAGUUUCCUUCUGACAGCACUAAGAAGCCCACAAUCAAGAAUGGUAUCCUGGGCAAGAGCAACGCUGGGAGAUCACGCAACAAAGGUGCCGACAGUGGUAGAGGAAGUCCUGCUCCUGGUGGGCCUAUUACAAGAGGGAGAACACGUAGAGACGGCCGGACAAGAGGCUCCGUCGGUUUAACUAACCUUGGAAAUACCUGCUACAUGAACUCAGCACUACAGUGCAUCCGAAGCGUGGAAGAGUUAACCUUGUACUUCCUUGAGCAAAAGUACAAGGACGACCUGAACCCGGGCAAUCCCCUAGGCCAUGGCGGAGCGAUAGCAAAGAAUUAUGCCGGUUUACUUGCGGCUGUUUACGAUGACACUGGUCUCUCGACGUUCACCCCGAAGAAUUUCAAGUAUGCUGUGGGGAGGGCUCAGCCGCUGUUCUCUGGCUACGGGCAGCAGGACUCUCAAGAAUUCCUCAGUUUCUUGGUCGAUGGCCUUCAUGAAGAUCUAAACAGAAUCUUAAAAAAGCCAUACGUAGAGAACCCCGAGUCCGAUGACGCGACCGUCAAUGACCCCGCGGCUAUUCGUGCCCUCGGCGAGAAAUUUAGGGAAAUACACCACGCCCGCAAUGAUUCUGUUGCCAUGGACCUCUUCAACGGCUUCUACAAGAACACCAUGGUGUGCCCUGACUGCUCUAAAGUCAGCAUCACAUUCGAUCCGUUCUCUCUACUUACCCUUCAACUGCCCAUCGAAAACACCUGGCAACAUACUAUUACUUUAGCCCCUCUGCACGGUCAGCCAGUCCAAAUCGAUGUCGACCUGGAUAAGAAUGGAACCAUCCGGACGCUCAAAGAAUUUGUGGCGAGGCGUAUUCCUGGUCUCAAAUGGAAUCGUCUCAUGUGCGCAGAGAUUUACAGUCACAAGUUCUACCGCACGUUCGAGGACAGUAAAACCAUAGCAGAAUCCAACAUUCAGAGUCGUGACGAUAUCGUCAUGUACGAGCUAGACGCCGCGCCCACGAAUUUUCCUCCGCCGCCAAAGAAGAAGAGCAAAGGAUAUCGAUCAAUGGUGUCUUGGAAUAACUUUUCUGAUGACGAAAUCCCGGAUUCUGAUUCACCCCUCGCGGACCGCAUGAUUGUGCCAGUAUUCCACCGCGUGCAGAAUAACAACACGUACUCGAACUCCAUGAGUCUCAAACUAUGGCCAUCGUAUAUCUUGAUCACCCGGGAAGAAGGGAGAGAUUACGACUCCAUUCUCCGAAAGAUCAUUGCUAAAGUUGCGACCAUGACUACUCGCCCUAUUCUAACAGAGCUUGGGGGUAGCUAUGGCCCCUUUGAUGAGUCGCGAAAUGCAUCAGACACUGUUAUUACCACAGAAGACGAUGCCUCGUCAAAUGUGGACCCGAGGGUACAAGAUGGAUCCAUCGAAGGAGAGGGAGACAUGGUCGGCAUUACUGUCGACGAGCCCGUUGAAACCCCGGUCGACCAAGCCAUGGAAGAGAGCGCUACUAUAGAAGCUUCACGUCAACUUCCAGACGUUCUUCAGCCUGGAAGCUUUAUCCCGCCAGACUUCCGUAACCUGUUCCGGAUGAAGUAUGCCAAUGCAAGCAAGGAACUUCUCCCUACUGGUUGGCACGCUGUCGAACCACAGAAGAACUAUGCGACUAUUGAGUCACGAGUCCGCAUCCCGAAAAGCCGGAGGUCGUCGAUGGAUUCGACUGAAGAUGUGCAGCCUUCAUCUUCGGGCGAAGAGGCGGAUGACACCAUCCAGUUCUCUGCCACUGCACAAGAUUCCUUUGAUCAUGCAGACCAGAGCAGUGAUGAGGAGCUACCAUCCGUGGAAACCUUCACACGAUCUGAUCGGCGCAACAAUUACAAAAAGUCCAAGCGUGGUACGAAGAAGAACAAGUUCACCACGUACUCCAAGAAGGGCAAGGGUCGCUUCAUUGAUCAGCCUAUCUAUCAGAACUCGGAGCCUGAAGCAGAUGAAGACCCUGCUCUGAUUCGCCUUGGCGAGGCUAUCGUACUGGACUGGCUCCCCGCAACUUUCAAUGCUCUAUUCGAGGGAACUAACGAAGAGGAACUACGUGGACAGGACACAUGGAAAGUAAUGGGGACCCUUGACGACCCUGAAUUGAAACAGACAAAGGCCCAGCGAGCAGCACGCAGAAAGAACGGCGUCACUCUACAAGAGUGCUUCGCGGAAACCUCGAAAGGUGAGAUUCUGUCUGAAGAAAAUGCCUGGUACUGCAGUCGUUGCAAGGAGCUACGGCGUGCAAGCAAGACGUUGGAGAUUUGGACUCUUCCCGACAUCCUUGUCGUGCAUCUCAAACGCUUCAGUGCCAAUCGUGGCUUCCGUGACAAGAUAGACGUCCUUGUCGACUUUCCUAUCGAAGGGUUAGACCUCAGCAAGCGCGUCGGUUUGCCAGAAGACAAAGAGACUGUCUACGAUCUCUUUGCCGUCGACAAUCACUAUGGUGGUCUCGGGGGCGGUCAUUACACUGCGUUUGCCCAGAACUUCUAUGAUAAGGAGUGGUACGAAUACAAUGACUCUUCUGUCAGCCGACGUAAAGAUCCAGCCAGUGUCGUAACUCCUGCGGCAUAUCUCCUAUUCUACCGUCGUCGCUCGGCUUCCCCUUUAGGCCCUCCCUAUUUGCAAAAGGUAGUCGAGGCAGCCUACGCUCCAAACUCUGAGGAAGCCCCCGAAGAUGGCUCCCAGGCGAACUCGCGCCAAGGUUCCCGAUCACCGGCGGGAAACGGCUUGCGCCUCGACGGCUUGUCCCGCAAUGGGUCGUCGAGCGCUGGAAUAGGAGCCGGAGCGGGUCUCCUGCUGCGCGGCGGUGGUUUGGCCUCGGCAGCAGGGAAGGAAGCCGGGAACCAUCGCGGGACCGAGAUUCAGGAGGAGGAUGAAAACACGGACGUGGACCUCGACGAGCCGCUCCCGGGUUAUAACGACUCGGGCUACGAGGACGAGGACAACACACUCGUUGGCCUCGGCGGCUACAGCACCGAGCUGUGGAACUUUGCUGGCGUGCCUAUUCAGGAUCACGGCAUGGGCGAUGACGAUGACAUGGCGUCGAAUGCGGCUAUGGGCUCGAAUGAAAGCGAUGAUCUGGGUGGCCGUAUGCUGCAGGAUUUUGGGGACGAUAUGAACCAGCACCCGGGCACGCCGCAGAGUGAGAACGAUGAGGUGCCUGACUUGCUGCCGGAGGACCGGGAGAUGAUUCGAGGUCUGCCUAUUCCUAUCCCGACUCUAAAUGUGCAAGGGACGGAUUACGAGGACGACAAGGUGGCAGAUGUCGUCUUGGACGAUGUCAGUCCUAAUUCUACCUCGCAUGCGAAGUCGGACUGAGUGGGUGGUGAUUGAGCUUCGGGUAGCUUUCUUCCCUUGCUCUCACCAUCCGUCCCAUUUUCCUCUUCUUACUUUGUUCUUCUUUCCCUAAAAGUAUUGGUUCUGGUGCGUUCCUGCUACCUGUUGGGGCUGUGGAUAGAGCAAGCGGGGUCUCCACUGUAUUGCUUGUAGAGCUUCGCCUGCACCGCGGCGUCCUUGGGGUGGAGGGGUGUGAUGGACGUGGCAGGCUGAGGAUGGCAUGAAUGAGAUGACUGAUGGGGUUUGGCGGUUGGGUUGGUAGUAAAUAGUGCUUGCAUCGGUAAUGGCGUACAUAGGUUCUGGAGUCAUGAAUGAUAGUUGGUAC